UCAACCGUCUUCCUCAAAAAGUACCUUUCAGCUUCAGCUUAAAAUUUCUCUCAAUUUUCCAGAGAAAAUAUACAGGCGAAUAUCAGUACAAGAUGCUAUCAACGAAGGAUGAAGGAUCCGAUUCGAGUGGUAUCGAAUUGGGUACGGCGGCAGCCGCCGAAGGGGAAGUCAUUCCUGGCCGUGCUCGCUGUGAUGGCGGCUCUGAUGCUUCUACGUGCCAUUGUUCACAAUCACGACAACCUCUUCAUUGCCGCCGAGGCAGUCCACUCCAUCGGAAUAUCGGUUCUCAUCUACAAGCUCAAGAUGGAAAGAACCUGUGCUGGACUUUCACUCAGAUCCCAGGAGCUAACAGCCAUCUUUUUGGCUGUUAGACUGUAUUGCAGUUUUGUAAUGGAAUUUGAUAUACAUACGUUGCUCGACUUGGCUACGCUGGCUACAACCUUAUGGGUUAUUUAUAUGAUUCGUUUUAGACUGAGGUCAAGUUACAUGGAGGAUGACGACAAUUUUGCAUUAUAUCAUGUGUUGAUUCCUUGUGCUGUUUUUGCUUUACUAAUCAAGCCAGCUACAUCACAUUACAACAUAAAUCGGAUUGCCUGGGCUUUCUGUGUUUACCUGGAAGCUGUUUCUGUGCUACCUCAACUGCGCGUCAUGCAAAAUACAAAGAUUGUUGAACCAUUUACAGCUCAUUAUGUAUUUCCAUUGGGUGUUGCAAGGUUCUUGAGUUGUGCUCAUUGGGUUCUCCAGGUUUUGGACAGUCGUGGUGGCCUUCUUGUAGCAUUGGGUUAUGGACUGUGGCCUCCAAUGGCUCUUUUAUCAGAAAUUGUUCAAACCUUCAUCUUGACUGACUUUUGUUACUACUACGUUAAAAGUGUUUUCGGUGGACAGCUCGUCAAUGGCGGAUCUAAAGCAUGGUGGGUCACUUGCCCCACCAAUUUUUGGAGUUCUUUGUUAUUUUUAUUUUUUUUAAUGAUAAAAUGUAAUAAAUCUGUCAAAGGGGGGAAGGAAAAGUAGGAAAAAAUGAAAAUUGUGCAUUAAUGUUAGGUUAUACUAUUUGCAAGAUUUUGACACGGGCAAAUAGUCUAUUGAUUUGAA